UAGACAAAUAUCACUUGCUGUGUGAUAGCACAUGGAUUUCAGGACCGCCUGUGAAGAGACAAAGACAGGGAUUUGUUUGCUGCAGGAUGGUAACCAGGAGCCUUUCAAAGUGCGACUGCACUUAGCCAAAGAUAUUUUGAUGAUCCAGGAGCAGGAUGUGAUCUGUGUGUCUGGUGAGCCUUUCUAUUCUGGUGAAAGAACAGUAACAAUUAGAAGACAGACUGUAGGAGGAUUUGGAUUAAGUAUAAAGGGUGGAGCAGAACAUAAUAUUCCAGUGGUCAUUUCUAAGAUUUCCAAAGAACAACGAGCGGAACUUUCAGGUUUGCUCUUUAUAGGAGAUGCAAUUCUACAGAUUAAUGGAAUUAAUGUGAGAAAAUGCAGGCAUGAAGAAGUGGUUCAGGUCCUUCGCAACGCGGGGGAAGAAGUGACUCUAACUGUGUCCUUUCUGAAAAGAGCACCUGCUUUUCUCAAACUGCCACUGAAUGAAGAUUGUGCAUGUGCCCCCAGUGACCAAAGCAGUGGCACAUCCUCUCCCCUAUGUGACAGUGGUUUGCAUCUCAACUACCAUCCCAACAACACGGAUACAUUAUCAUGUUCCUCAUGGCCAGCAUCCCCAGGACUUAGGUGGGAAAAAAGGUGGUGUGAUCUCCGAUUAAUUCCACUUCUUCAUUCACGGUUUUCCCAGUACCUUCCAGGAUCAGAUUUGUGCAGGCAAAAUGCGUUCCAAGUAAUUGCUGUGGAUGGGGUUUGCAGUGGAAUAAUUCAGUGUCUCUCUGCUGAAGACUGUAUUGACUGGCUACAAGCAAUAGCGAGUAACAUUUCCAACCUCACAAAGCACAAUAUUAAAAAAAUCAACAGGAAUUUUCCCGUAAACCAGCAGAUAGUCUACAUGGGCUGGACGGAAGAACGGGAACAAGACUCCCUUCAGGAUCGAAUGUACACACCAAAGUUUCUAGCACUGAGGGGAUCUUCCCUGUAUAAAUUUAUAGCACCUCCAGUCACAACCUGGGAUUGGACACGAGCUGAGAAAACAUUUUCAGUUUAUGAGAUAAUGUGCAAAAUUCUCAAGGACAGUGAUCUACUGGACCGACGGAAACAUUGCUUCAGUGUCCAGUCUGAGUCUGGAGAAGAUCUUUACUUUUCUGUGGAGCUAGAGUCUGACCUAACACUAUGGGAAAAAGCCUUCCAAACAGCAACUUUUUUAGAAGUUGAACGGAUACAGUGCAAGACGUAUGCCUGUGUUUUGGAGAGUCAUCUUAUGGGACUUACUAUUGACUUUAGCAUGGGCUUUGUCUGUUUUGAUGCUGCCACAAAGGCCAUACUUUGGAGGUACAAGUUUUCCCAGCUCAAAGGUUCUUCAGAUGAUGGGAAGAGCAAAAUCAAAUUUUUGUUCCAAAACCAAGAUACUAAACAAAUUGAAGCAAAGGAGCUGGAGUUUUCCAACCUGUUUGCAGUCCUUCACUGUAUCCACUCAUUCUUUGCAGCCAAAGUGGCUUGUUUGGACCCUUUGUAUGUAGGCAGUCAAGCCACAGCUUCUGCUGCUCCCACAACUUCUGGUACUGGCAAAUUAAAGUAUACCACUUGACAUCUCACAUUACAGCACUGCCACUUAACAACAAGACGUAACAAUGUAUAAAUAUUCAUAAGAUGUAGACCUUUGGUGAACCACGUACGUGGAAA